CGGAAGAGGCGGGUCUUCCGUCUACAACGCUACCCCGGCGUUGGUUCAUUCAACAUGGCAGCGGGACCAAUUUCGGAAAGAAAUCAAGAUGCGACUGUGUAUGUUGGAGGCUUGGAUGAGAAAGUGUCGGAGCCGUUACUGUGGGAGCUGUUCCUGCAGGCCGGUCCUGUGGUCAACACACACAUGCCCAAAGACCGGGUCACUGGUCAACAUCAAGGUUAUGGCUUUGUGGAGUUUCUUAGUGAGGAGGAUGCUGAUUAUGCCAUAAAAAUCAUGAAUAUGAUCAAACUCUAUGGCAAACCAAUUAGGGUCAAUAAGGCCUCAGCACACAACAAAAACCUGGACGUUGGUGCAAACAUCUUCAUCGGUAAUUUGGACCCGGAGAUUGAUGAAAAACUUCUCUACGACACGUUCAGUGCGUUUGGUGUGAUCCUCCAAACACCGAAGAUCAUGCGAGACCCCGACACAGGCAACUCUAAGGGUUACGCUUUCAUCAAUUUUGCCAGUUUUGACGCUUCGGACGCGGCUAUUGAGGCCAUGAACGGCCAGUACCUCUGCAACAGACCCAUUACGGUGUCGUACGCAUUUAAAAAGGAUUCCAAAGGGGAACGCCACGGUUCGGCCGCAGAGCGACUGCUGGCUGCACAGAACCCGCUCUCCCAGGCCGACAGGCCGCACCAGCUGUUCGCAGAUGCUCCGCCCCCGCCGUCUGCACCAACACCAGUCCUCACUGCGAUGGGAACAGGAAUUCCCAUUCCAGGUCUCCCGCCUCCUGGUGCGUUUCCUCCUGUUCCCCCUCCUGGAACGAUGCCCCCAGCAAUGCCGCCUUCUAUGGGCAUGCCUCCAACAGCAGGAGGUGUUCCGCCAGGGUCUGCCGGUGGACAUCCACCUGGACCACCACCGUUCCCUCCUGGCAACAUGCCUCCAGGUAUGCCUCAGAUGCCCAUGCCACCUCCUGCUCCUCCUGGCAUGGUGCCUCCACCUCCUGCUCCUCCAGGAUCGGCUCAGAGGGCUCCGCUGCCCCCCAACAUGCCACCACCACCAAUGGGCAUGCCUCCCCGGGCACCAUACCCCAUGGCUCCUCCUGUGCCUCCAGGUAUGCGAGGGCCUCCUCCUCCCAUGCCUCCGCCUGGCUACGGCGCGGCUCCUCCUCGUCCGCCUCCUUUUGGUUUUCAGAGAGCUCCUCCGAUGCCACCCAGGCCCCCAGGUGCCCCUCCUCGGGUGCCUUAAGCACACCGUGAUCCACGGAAGACGGCAUGAAACAGCUGCUGUUUAGCUUUUAUUUUUUAUUUUUUUUAACAUGUUCAGGGCUGCUCCUGUAGCUUUAGUGUGUUCUUUAUUUGUUUUUUCAUAUUUUUUUGAUCAUUGUACAGAUGAAUGCAACUUGACAAAUAAAUAUUUACUAAAAUUUC